CAGAGACGAAGACUACUGCUCCUCUGCCUCCCUCUCCCUGCCUAUUCCUCUGUCAAAGUUCUCCCUCAGAAUCUGUGUGCUCAGCACACAAGCUCCACUGCAGAAGUGAGAGCCAUGGUUUUAAAGAUAUUAUUCAUCCUGUUCGAACUCUGCUGCACAUGGAACUUUCUGCUGGCAGAAACGAACACUCCAUAUCAUCCAGAUUGCCCUGUCGAUCUAUACUUUGUGUUGGACACAUCUGAGAGUGUUGCUUUAAGAGUCCAGCCCUAUGGACACCUUGUAGACCGUUUGAAGGAGUUCACUACAAAGUUCAUCAGCAAGUUGCAGAACUGGUACUACCGCUGUGACCAGACACUGGAAUGGAAUGCUGGCGCACUUCAUUACAGUGACAUGGUAAAGAAGAUCCACCAUCUUAGUUUUAUGAAUCAGGAAGGAAAGUCGGCCAUGAUCCGGAACAUCAACAAUGUACACUACAUUGGCAAAGGCACACACACAGACUGCGCCAUACGGAAUGGAACUGAAGAACUUCUGUUGGGUCGCUCUCACCACCGAGAUAACAAAUACAUGAUUGUAGUAACGGACGGACAUCCAAUCGAAGGCUACAGAGAGCCAUGUGGAGGAUUGGACAGUGCCGUGUCCGAUGCAAAGAAUCAGGGCAUAAAGUUGUUUUCUGUUGCCAUCACUCCACAUCACGUGGAACCAAGGUUGAACCUGAUUGCUACUGAUGCCAGAUUUCGCCGUAACUACACAGCAACCAGUAGAGAUGCUGUAGUGGAACAGACAAUUGAUGAUAUUCUUAAAAUCAUUCAUGAUGAAGUGGAACCAGUGUGUUGCUCCUUUGAGUGUCAGGCACUGACGGGACCACAAGGACAACCUGGUGAUCCAGGAGAUCCGGGUUCCGAGGGACGUCGGGGUUCCCAUGGCUCCGUAGGACCACCUGGCCCUCCAGGCAAUCGUGGUGACAUUGGACCAGCUGGGCACCCGGGUAUGAAGGGUGAUAAAGGAGAGCGUGGCAUUAAGGGUGACAGAGGAUACAAAGGGUCCAAGGGAGCAAAGGGGUUGCCUGGAAAAGAUGGGAUAGAUGGUGAGAAGGGUGAUGCUGGGUAUGCCGGCCUUCCAGGCUGUGUUGGUUCUCCUGGAUCUUCUGGUCCAUAUGGACUUCCAGGCCUCAAAGGAGAUCCAGGUCCAUAUGGAAAAAAAGGAGAAAAGGGUGAACCCGGUUUGGAUGGAGAACCAGGACGAAGUGGAGAUGUGGGGAAAUCAGGAGAUAAGGGCAAUCCUGGAGACAGAGGAAGUGACGGAGAUGUCGGAGAGAGAGGCGAUGACGGACCUCCAGGAAAUGAUGGAAGCAGAGGCGAACCGGGCCCUCUUGGUGAGCCAGGACUACCUGGACCUCCAGGUCCAAGAGGCAUCAGGGGAUCGAAGGGAGAAGGCGGGCCUGAGGGUCAACCAGGACACGAGGGUCCUCCUGGACUUACUGGAGAACCGGGGGAGCCUGGUCGUCCUGGGCCCAGGGGAUUUAAAGGAGACAUGGGACCUCCAGGAAAAGAGGGACUCAGGGGACCAAGAGGAUCAAAGGGAUAUCCCGGUGACCCAGGCCCAAUGGGUGAAAUGGGAGAACCUGGAAACCCAGGGAACGGAUCCAGGGGCCCACCGGGAUUACCGGGUAUUCCAGGGGUACUAGGAUUUCAUGGACCUAAUGGAACACAAGGUUUCCCCGGUCCCAAAGGCGAUGAUGGUGAAGCUGGAGACCCCGGGCCUGAUAAUAAUGUUCCAGGACAAAAAGGUCGCAAAGGAGCUAAAGGUUACAGAGGACCUGAGGGUGAUCCGGGACCUCCAGGACCUCCAGGGCCCCCAGGACCUUCUGAAUGUGAAAUAUUGGAUAUCAUUAAGCGUAUGUGCUCUUGCUGUGAGUGUAAGUGUGGGCCCGUUGAUCUCCUGUUUGUGCUGGACAGCUCAGAAAGUAUUGGAGACCAAAACUUCCACCGAUCCAAGCAGUUUGUAAUCAGCGUGAUUGAAACACUGGCCAAAGAUGAAAAGGUCAAGUUUGAUGGCAGAGAGUCCAAUGUUGCAGUUGUGCAGUACAGUCAUGCUGGAACAGAGGAGAUGGUCUCAAUGUCCGAUAACAACAUCAACACUCUAGCUGAGUUGAAAGCCGCAAUUAAGAACCUCAGAUGGAUUGCCGGAGGAACAUUCACUGGUACAGCACUGGACUGGUCAAAGAGAGCCUUCGGGGGAUCAGUUAACCAAGCGCAAGUGGCCCUGGUGCUAACUGACGGGCGUACAGACAUUCUGAGAGAUCCCAAAUCAUUGACAUCACUCUGCGACACGAUCCCUGUGAUCACGGUUGGCGUGGGCGACGUUUUCCUCAAUGAGGCAGCCUCUGAGACCCUAAACCAGAUUUCCUGCCAGGACACUGAGAUGAGCCUGAGGAUCGAAAGCUACGAGGAGCUGCUGACCAACUUGGAUUUACUUGAAAACACGACUGCGUUAGUCUGCAAAGACAAGAAGUGCCCAGAUUAUUCCUGCCCCAUUGAAUUCAACACCUCAGCUGACAUCACACUCCUGAUUGACAGUUCCACCAGCGUCGGGAGCAAGAACUUUGAAACCACCAAGACCUUUACCAAGCGAUUGGCAGAGCGCUUCCUUAAAACCGCCAAGGUUAAACCCGGUGUCACAGUGCGGGUUUCUGUGGUUCAGUAUAGUAAAAACCAAGAGAUUGAAACCCAGUUCUCCAACAACUACACAAUAGUGUCAGGAAGCAUAGACCAGAUGAAGUUCAUGAAUGACGCAACUGAUGUGGGGUCUGCCCUGGAACGUGUGAUUAACAACUACCAGAGAAGUAGAGGCAACGUUGAUAAGAAGGUCCUCUUGUUCACGGAUGGCCGAUCCCAAGGAGACCUGGUGUACACUAUAGAGCAGCAGGCACAAGCGGCAAAAGCGAACCGAAUCACUAUGCACGUCAUUGCCGUGGGCGACCAGGUCCAUGAGGACAAUCUCCGGGCUUUAGUAGCCGGCAGAGCAACUGACUAUGAUGUAGAUCUUGGCUCACGUUAUCUCUACCGGGUAAAGGACUACCCCUCCCUCUUGAAAGGUGUAUUUUACCAAACUGUUAGCAAACAAUUGUCACUUUAUUAACUAUGAAGAAAUUUCUAAGCCCUCUAAGCUCUCCUAUUUUACGCAUUUUUAUAAAGUGGUUACUUUCUUUGGGAAUUUACUUUCUUGGGAUUUGCAUUGUCUUUUCGAAGAAUAUUUUCAUUCAGGAAUGCUCCUCCCCUGUACCGUCCCGUCACCCUGUGACUUUGCUCUCAAGUCCAUCACUCUACCCUCUUCUGCUUCUGGGUCCUGCACCUCUGUCUAUCCCCUACUGGCUGCGUGGCUGGGAACACUUUGCCUUCUUUUCGGUGCCCCGGCUUCAGGCAGCAAAAGGCACAAUCUCUCGAGGUUAAAACGAGCCAAGAUGGUUUCCUUUGAGAUCCCAGCCUCAGAGAGCUGUCUUUUGGUUAGUGAGAAAGAACAACAAGGUAGGAAUUGGCUAUUGUUGCACUAGUUUUGUGGAUGUCAAAUGGGCUGGUAGAAAAUGAACGAUUUCUUAACACACCAUGGAUGCCUGAAAAUUAACACUGGCAUGGGCUUAUUUUCAGCUGUCACAGGCAUCUCCUUAUGUCUGCCAGUGAGGGGCUGAAAGGCUGUUUUAGGAUCCCUCAGGGACAUUGGGCUACCCUGAUGGAGUGAGCACCUGAUGUGGCCCCGUAAACACCAAGCACAUGCACUGUCAGACCUUCUCUCUGGUCACAACUGGAGGUGCCCUCUGCCCCACACCACUGUCUCCUGGGUAAGUGUGAAAACACAGAUUAUGUGACUAAGGCCUGAGCCCUGUUGUGGCCUGGCUCAGUUACAACCUGGGCCCCACCUUGGUCUGGACUCAGCAUUGGCCUGGACUCUUAUCACAGCCUGGACCCAACUACAGCCUGGGGCUAAAUCACAACCCGGGCCCAACAUGGGCCCAUUUCAGGCAGUGCUCACCCUGUGCCCUUUAUGUCCAGGAUUCCCUCACCAAAGGUUGCUCUCCUCAGUCCAGUGGAGGUGAAACAGUUUAGACCCCUGCUGCCACAUUUGAUGCACUUUCGACUUACGAAGGUCAGUUUGCUGCUGACCACUUGCAGAUCAGAGCCAUGGCCAGGACUUUAAACCUGACAGCUUCUGGAGGGACACACGGGCACAUCAUGAAUGGCGCCGGGUGGAAGUCUGUGCACCACGCCCUUGGCAGGGGGCCCAAGCCCUCUCUUGCUCCCUCUACUAAAGGUUUUAUUCCUUCAGAAGCCUCCAUAGGGCCCAUUAACUUUGUUGUUCUUUGCUACUUUACUGUACAAUUAGGCUCAGUUCAUUUAAAGGCAAGGUAGCUAAAGAUUGAUAGUUGACAAAAAGGACAGAGGACACUUAAAUUGCAUCUGUAAUGUGAAAGAUGCACAUCAACAGCUGCUCCACUCGAUCACCAGUAGAUCACUAGCUCCUGCAGAUUGCCAGUAGGUCACCAACAAUGAUACCAGCUGCACGAUCACCAGCUCCACUAGAUCACCAGCGAUCCAUGCUAUGCAGCAACCUGGGGACAAAGCACUGGUUGAAACUGUUCCCAGAAUGAAUUUAAGAUUUGGGACUGGAUUAGUGGUCAGAUUGUCCACUGACUGUCCACCAUGUGUCACCUGAUCUCUCGAUUCAGGUCACAUUACCCCAAAGUCAGAUGCUGAGAGUAGUGCAUUGACUGAGGAUGAUGGGAAUGGCAGAGGGUGGUUGCAAUUAAACAGUUGUUUCUAGCCCACUGAUAGAUCUAAAUAUUUUAAAUGUCAGUACCUGGCAGUUAUAUAAAAAUGCAGAUUUACCAUAAAGUAUAGUGUGGGUUGAUUUUCUAGCAAUUUUUUGAAGGGGCCUUAUACACUGUUACAACUUAUACACCAAUUUGUACAUUAGUAGUCUUUUCAAACACUGGGUGGCAAAGUCAGCUGAGGCCCCAUUACAGCACCUUGUUGCUUCAGAAGUCGAAACUCUCAUUUUUUCAACCAAAGACCAACCAGUGUGGAGUGAGGGAAGGCCAUCAGAAGAGGUAGUUGUAGACAAAGGAAAACUGGAUGUGCAUGAAUGGGCAUCAUGAGGUAGUUGGUUCUCCUGAAGGGAGAAAGGAUUGGGGGAUGUAGUGAGAAGGAGGUUAGCUGUGGAUGAUUUAUGGAAGGAAGGCUUGAUGGGUUACAAACCAAAGUCUGACUAAUGUGUCAUCAUUACUUCAGUAUAAAGCUGAUGGCUGUUGGCUAGAUAUCAUUCACAGAGUAUAGUACAUGAGCCACGAACUUCUCCUCACUCUAACUGCUUGUGAUGGAAGAUCAUGGCAUCAUGAGUGAAAGAGAAUGGCUCAAUUACAAUGAAGAUAUAAUGUUAAGGUAUGAUGAGUAAUGGACCCUGGUGGGUGUGUAAUACCACAGGGAAUGAUUCUAGGGGAAUGCUUUGGAAUCUCUAAGCAUACUGAGACCUAAUCGUUCAAUAUUUUAUUUUAAUAAGCAAACUGUGUUAUGAUCAGCAAGUAACCAUUUUGAAUGUAAAUAAAUGUUACUUUAAAGUAAUCUUAUAUUGGUGCUAUGAACAUAGAGGGCUAUUGAGAAAAGAAUUUGCAACACUUCAAGUUUUGGACCACAUGUGAGGUAAAACCUGCUUUCAAUCUAUCUCAUAUUUUGCAGAAAUCAUUUUGUAUUUGUAAAAUAUAGAUUUUUUAUGGAACCUGUAUCAUGUUUGCAGUCGCAUUUGUAAUAACACAGUUGGAGAUCAUAUAUGGAUUGGGUCAUCAGUGUUAAAUAAAGAUUUUCAUGUUCA